CCGGGCGCCGCGACCCUCGAUCCAGCCGGGCGGCCCUGCCGGGGGAGGCGGCGGGGCCCGCGAUUCAUGCCGGUGUGGUGCUGCCGCUGCUCUCUCGCCGAGCAUGUCAGAAAAACAUAUGGAAUUGUACAGAACCCAGAAUAGUGAAGACAGUCUUGAUAAACAAAAAGUUGGAGGAUUUCAACUUCCAGAUUUCAGAUUUUACUACAGAGAAAGAAAUUUAACAGUGUGGUGCUGGCAUAGAGAUAAACAUAUAUCCAAUGAAAUACAAUUGAGAGUUCAGAAAUAAAUCCUUACCCUUAUUGUCCUUCGGUUUUCCAUGGUAUUCCGAGACAAAGGAGAAAUAACAGUCUCUUCAACAACUGGUACCAGGACAGAUAUCCACAGAAACUAUGGUGACACUGAAACUGAAGCAGAAAUUUAUAAUUCUUUAGUGCAAUACUUUGGUGAUAAUUUGAGGCGAAAAGUUAAGGCAAUGCCAUUAGUUGAAGAAACUUUACUUGAAGAUUCAUCAGUGACUUUGCCUGUGGUAGUAAUUGGAAAUGGACCCUCAGGGAUCUGCCUUUCUUAUAUGUUAUCAGGGUACAGACCAUAUUUAUCAUCAGAAGCAGUACAUCCAAAUACAAUCUUACAUGGUAAAUUACAAGAAGCCAGACACCUUUCCAUUGUAGAUCAGGACUUAGAAUACUUGUCUGAGGGUCUUGAGGGCCGAUCAUCCAAUCCAGUUGCAGUACUUUUUGACACACUUCUUCAUCCAGAUGCUGACUUUGGGUAUGACUAUCCAUCCGUUUUGCAUUGGAAAUUGGAACAACAUCAUUAUAUCCCUCACUUAGUACUUGGUAAAGGUCCACCUGGUGGAGCUUGGCAUAGUAUGGAAGGCUCCAUGUUGACAAUCAGCUUUGGUAGUUGGAUGGAGCUACCUGGACUUAAAUUUAAAGACUGGGUAACCAGCAAACGAAGAAAUCUAAAAGGAGAUCGAGUUAUGCCGGAGGAAGUAGCUCGCUACUAUAAGCACUAUGUAAAAGUCAUGGGUCUGGAGAAGAAUUUCAGAGAGAAUGCUUACAUUACCUCUGUGUCAAGACUCUACAGAGAUCAGGAUGACAAUGGUGGUCACGACCGAGCUAUUUCAGCACAGCAUUUACAGAUUGAGAAUUCCAAGUUGAUCAAGAGAAACUGGGAGAUCCAGGGUUAUCAGCGAAUAGCAGAUGGUUCCCAUGUUCCCUUCUGUCUCUUUGCUGAGAAUGUAGCUCUGGCGACUGGAACAUUGGAUUCUCCUGCCCAUCUGGAAAUUGAAGGGGAAGAUUUUCCUUUUGUGUUUCAUUCAAUGCCUGAAUUUGGAGCAGCUAUAAGCAAAGGAAAAUUACGUGGCAACGUGGACCCAGUGUUAAUUGUAGGUUCUGGGCUUACCGCCGCAGAUGCAGUACUGUGCGCUUACAACAAUAACAUUCCUGUGAUUCAUGUAUUUCGCAGACGAGUAACUGAUCCAAGUUUAAUAUUCAAACAGCUUCCUAAAAAGCUGUAUCCAGAAUACCAUAAGGUCUACCAUAUGAUGUGUACUCAGUCAUAUUCUGUAGCCUCAAAUCUUUUAUCUGAUUAUACCAGUUUUCCUGAGCACCAUGUGCUCUCCUUUAAGCCGAACAUGAAAUGCAUCCUUCAGAGCGUCUCUGGAUUGAAGAAAAUAUUUAAACUUUCUGCAGCAGCAGUGAUGAUAGGUUCUCAUCCCAGUCUGUCUUUUUUGAAGGAGCAAGGCUGUUACCUGGGCCAUAACUCAAGUCAGCCAAUCACUUGUAAGGGCAAUCCUGUGGAAAUAGAUGCGUAUACCUACGAAUGUGUUAAAGAAGCCCACCUGUUUGCAUUGGGUCCUUUAGUUGGAGAUAAUUUUGUUCGAUUUUUAAAGGGAGGGGCCCUGGGUGUUACACGCUGUUUAGCAAUAAGACAGAAGAAAAAGCAUUUAUUUGUGGAACGGGGAGGAGGAGAUGGGAUAGCUUAAAGCAGGUUUACAAGUAAUUUAUAUGGACAGUUUACCAUUAAAGUUUUUAACUUUUUGCAGUGUACUGGCUUGAAUUUUCUGGACUUGAAUUAACUGGAGGAGAGACUCAAGCUAUAGUAAAUGUUUUUUAAAAUAAUGAGAACUUGGUGUGUCCUGACUUAUACUGUAAAGAAGCAGUUUUCAAACUUUUUCAUCUCAUGGCACAUACAAACUAAUGACUCAAAUUCUGCAGCACACCAACAAUAUGUAUUUUUUUGCUGACCUAACGAAAAGGUACAAUUUUGAUUCAUUUACAGAAAGAAUAGUAAUUAGUUACCCUUUUUGCACCACAGUGACUUUUUAAAUUAUCAGGUGCCUAUUCUUAUAUUAAAGAAUUUCUAGGACUAAGAAUUAACCAAUCAGAUGCAACCUUAUUAUGCAACUUGAACAAUAAGAUGCACCUCUGUUAAAUGACCUUAACAUUUAUGGCUCAAGACAGGGCAUUCAUAUCAGACAACUACUGUUGGGAUUGGCUGUUGUCAUGUUUUUAUUUGACAGUCUAAGGGAAAAAGGUACUCCUGACUUACAUAGUCAGGUAUUGCAUGUUUUAAAAAUUCUUGCUGCAUACUAAUUGAAAAUCACUACUGUAAUGUAUCAGAGGUGUUACUGUCAGACAAAUGGAAACACUGCCAAUUUGGUACACUUUAAGCUCUCACCUAACUAAAACAUUCUUUCAAGAAGUACUUUUUGUGAUCACUUUUGGUUGGUAUGAUUGAUUACAAAACAUUACAGCUGAUUUUAUAAAACGGCAAUGUAUGUAAUGACUGUAAAACAGUCAUUAGGCCAGAAAUUGUCCUCACUACAAAUUGGGUCAUCUUGCUAAAUAAAGGGUUGUCCAAAACCAAGCAUCAUCUCCAUCUCUAGCUUGUUAGAAAUGUAGACUCCAGACCCCAUCACAGACUUAGUGCAUUAAAAGCUCCAUCGCAACGAGAUCCUCAAGUAAUACGUAUGUUCAUUAAAUGUUGAGACAAUGGUCUAAAAGAAAAUGGGAUGUGAGGUGGGUUGGGGAUAGGAGGCAUUUACAACUCAGGUUUUAUUUUGAAAUUACCAUCUACAUAAAUUUAUCACCAAAUAUGCUAAUCUUAAAAUUUUUAUUGAAAAUUUGACAUACUUCCUAUUAUUAGCCUCAAAUAAUACAAACAGUCCAAUGCUGUUUGCAUAAAGUUGGAAUCCAGGAAAUUGCCAAGAUACUUUUUGGAGAUUUAUUCUCUAUUUAACAUAAUCUAAUCUGCAAUUCAGUAAAUUUUGAAUGGAACUAUCCCUGUGUGAACUAUGGCUUAAUUUCUGUUUAAGUACUAAUACUGU